AUGCUGCAAGCUAACAGGCAUGACAAGAAGGCCUUUAUCAAAUUGGUUGAAACAGUCUAUUGCAGAAUAUUGCUUCUAAAUAGACGCCGCCCUGGAGAACUCCAAAGGUUACUGCUCAAUACAUACACAUCAGCUUUCAACAACGAAAAUAAACAAGCAUAUGAAGAAUUUUCGGAAGUAAUUUCUGCAACGGAAAGGUGUUUAACGAAUAGCUUCAAAAGAAUAGUGAUAAAAGGGAAACGAAAUAGAGGCGUUCCAGUACUAAUCAGAAAAGACAUAAGCGAACACUUAAACAUUAUUUUAAAAUGCCGAAAGGAUGUUGUUCAAAAAGAAACGGCUUAUCUUUUCACAAAUCCAGAUUCUGGAGAUCCUAUUGUUGCUUACAAAGUGCUCAGGAAAUACGCAACUCUUUGCGGGGCUAAAAAAUCAGAUGCUCUCACAUGUACGCGGUUGAGAAAACAUCUAGCCACGCUUACACAAUUAUUUAAUAUGAACGAAAAUGAUAUGGAGCAGUUAGCUUCCUUAAUGGGGCAUACACUGGGGAUCCACAGAUCUUCCUGUCGACUCCCGGAUGAUGUAUAUCAGACGGCGAAGAUUUCCAAAUUGUUGAUACUCAUGGAACAAGUAAAAGCUGGAGAGUUCAAAGGAAAAAGCCUAGAUGAAAUCAAUCUCAAUCUGGAAGAGGAUUUGAUGGAGAUUGCGGGAAAAGAUAAAGAUAUGCCUAGUGUUUUGGAUAUAGAUAAUAAUGAAACCACAAGCACACAAGAAAGGAGUGAAAUAGAAUAUAAAAAGUACACAGAAAAAAAUAAGGAAGAAGAGGGUCCUGGUACAAUGGACAGAAGAACAAAAAAGGUGGUUAAUAGAUUUUUUUAA